AACAAGACAAGUGUGAUUGAUGCAGUAAAAUUUAUAAAGUUUCUGCAAAAAAUAUAAGACUAUCCAGUAUCUAUUGACAUGUGAUAAAUAGUGUUUCCAUUUUCAAAUAUAGUUGGAGAAUAACUGAACGGAAAUCCUACGUUUUUCCGAUAAAUAAACAACUGUUUUGUUGACUUUGCAACAAACACUUCUGAAUGUACCCUCUAUAAUUAAAUAUGGCCCAAAGUUCACAUGGAGGUAGUCACCGGCGCAGCAGAGAUCACGAUGGAGGUGCCAUGCGGUACACAAACACUGAUUGGGAGGCCAAAGAAGCUCUCUACCAAAGAGAACUGGACGAAGCUAGAGCCAGGGCCACGCAGAUGGAGAAAACCAUGCGAUGGUGGUCUGACUGCACAGCUAACUGGAGAGAAAAAUGGAGCAAAGUACGCAACGAAAGGAAUAAAGCGCGAGAGGAGUCUAAACAAUUAAAGAGUAAAGUAGACGCGCUCACCAAAGAGCUGACCACGUCCAAAACAGAAAAGAAUGAUUUAGAACAACAACUUAUAGAACUGAAGAGAGACAACGAAAAGCUUUUAAGUUUAGGAGAGAGUAGGAUACUAGCGGGCGACCUUACCACUGAAGACGGUGUGGAGUUGAGGCGGAAGAACAUGGGAUAUUUGUCGCCAAAUGAACCUUCCAUACGGCAAAGAGCGUCGUUAGACUCGCACAAAUUCUCAAACGUAGAUAAUGUCCUUGCGAACAAAUUGAGCGAGCUCAGGCUGCGGCUAGACGAAACUUGCAAAUCCCUCCAAAGCGAGAAAGAUGAAAAAGCAUUCCUACUUUCAAAGAUCGAGAAUCUAACAGCAGAACUGCAUAAUACUAAGAUGGAAAUGGCCCACAGCGAUAGAACGUUAGGAUCAACAGAUUCAAGCCAUAGCGAAGUGGAAAGGCUACAAAACGAAUUGCAGGACGAAAUAGCAGCCAAACAGGUUUUAGAAGAAAAGUUAGCAGAACUUAAAAUGGAGAUAGAAAGGCUAAAAUCUGAGAACACAAUACAGUGGAGCAAACGAGAACUACUCGAAACAGAGAAUAUAGCAAUAUUGAGAGAAAAUAAAAAGUUAUAUAGUCAAGUGUGUGAACUAAGGGAACAGAUACAUAAACUCAACCGAAUAUCAGACGGUAGCGCUUACUUCAGCGAUCACAACAGACUAGAUUCAAAUAUACUUUACGUUCGAAAGACUAGCGCGAGUCCAAGGUCCCACGAAUCAAGUAACGGCUCGUCAGAAGCCAAUUUGCACUGUGACGCUAAAACAAACACCUCGGGCGAAGACGAUGAAUUAGCAAUAGUGGAAAGAAACGAUAAUUGCUAAAUAAAUACCUUUUGUCAGCUUAUUUCUUGAUUCGUAGCGAGAGCACAAGUUUAUCGAGAUCCUGUCAAAAUUGAAUUUAGAAUGUGUAGUCAGUGGUAUACAUAAUUUAUUCUUCUUUGAAAUUAGAGCGCGAAGUAGUUGAAAGAGAUUGUAUUUCAAUGUUUAUGGUUCUCGUGGAUGAGUAAAAGAAAUAAAAUUGUAGUUUCUAUUAGUACCUACAUGGAAUAGAGAUCUCAUUGGCAUAGCUCGAUUUAGCGGUCAUCGAUAUUAUUUAAAGUAUUAUACAGACGACUUUAUGUAAUACAGGG